GGGGGAGGGAGAGACAGAGGAGAGACACCGGCGUAUGACGUUAAAAGCCAUCCAGACUCUGAACGGGUGAGACGCAACAAGAAUAGAAAAACGCAAGAAUAGUAGGUUGAAAUCACCUCGAUUUAAAGUUGGAUCAAUAUCGGCACGACUGUUAAGUCUCCAAGGCAACUAUAGUCAAGUUCAAACUGUUGGAUGUUGCGCGAAUUUAAGCGACCGGUUGGCCUGUUAUCACUUUAUAAUUAAUUGAUUAAUUGGUGAAAGUGACAAACUAACUAGCUACGUUAACUCUGGAUUUUGGGAGUCGAGAGGUUGACUACAUUUCAGUGGCGACAAGCUGUGUUUCGGACUCACCUGCUAGGACUUUACUCCACCACCUGCAGACUUCCAGACCGGGAACACCGGGAGUUUUGUAAAAAAAAACACAAAAAAAACACAGCCGAGCCUGUAGUAUCUGAACACCGAGGAUAAGGAGGAGGAGAAGGAGGAGGAGGAGGAGGAGAAGGGGGAGAGUACGGAGGCACAAAGAGUGGAGAGCAUCCAGAGAGAGGGGAGGAAGGAGGACGGCACAACAACAGAGAGCAUCCCUCUUUAAUUUAGGAUCCACACAGGCACCACUCUGCCCGUAUAAGCAUCCUCUGGACACGGGAUCCCGAACGCUGUUUAUCCACCUAAAGGGACAACUGCUCCUGAGCUGUGUACCCCUGCAGUACCCAGUCCUCCUCUCCACUCUGUCCCGAUGAAGGAGGCCGACGCCAUCAAGCUGUUUGUGGGGCAGAUUCCCCGUAAUCUGGAAGAGAAGGACCUCAAGCCUAUCUUCGAGCAGUUUGGCAAGAUCUAUGAGCUAACUGUGAUUAAGGACAAAUACACUGGCAUGCACAAAGGAUGUGCGUUUCUGACGUACUGUGCGAGAGAGUCGGCACUGAAAGCCCAGAGCGCUCUCCACGAGCAGAAAACACUACCAGGGAUGAAUCGGCCAAUCCAGGUGAAACCAGCUGACAGCGAGGGCAGAGGAGUUGGCCUCUCAGAGGACAGGAAGUUGUUUGUGGGCAUGCUGGGAAAGCAGCAGAGCGACGAGGACGUGAGGAGACUGUUUGAGCCCUUUGGCAGCAUAGACGAGUGCACUGUGUUGAGAGGACCUGACGGCACCAGCAAAGGGUGCGCUUUUGUAAAAUACCAAGGACACGCUGAAGCCCAGGCCGCCAUCAACAGCUUGCAUGGAAGCCGCACAAUGCCUGGAGCGUCGUCCAGUCUGGUGGUGAAGUUUGCCGACACAGAGAAGGAGCGGGGGCUGAGGAGGAUGCAGCAGGUGGCCUCGCAGCUCGGCAUCUUCAGCCCCAUGACCCUCAACUUCCCCGCCUACAAUGCCUACACACAGGCGGUCAACGCACAGCUUGUCCAACAGCAGGCCCUGGUUGCCCAGUCAGCGUACUUGUCUCCUGUGGCAACAGUUGCCGCCGUACAGAUGCAGCAGAUGGCGGCGCUCAAUGCCAACGGAAUCAUUGCCACGCCCAUUACACCCAUCACGCCGUCCUCGGGUACAAAUACUCCACCAACUAUCGCAGCAACGCCUGUGCCCUCUCUCCCUCCGCCACUAGGAGUGAAUGGAUACAGCAGUCUGCCCGCCCCCACCAAUGGACAACAAGCAACAGAAGCACUAUACACCAACGGCGUUCAUCCAUAUCAAGCUCAGAGUCCAGUUGCGACCCUGGACCCCCUGCAGCAGGCGUAUGCAGGCAUGCAACACUACACAGGUUGGUCGGCGUAUCCUGCUGCCUACGGAUUGGUCGGCCAGCCGUUCCCCCAGCAGCCAACAAUGGUUGCCCAGCAACACCAGCAGCCCCAGCAACAGCAGCAGAGAGAAGGUCCAGAGGGCUGUAACAUCUUCAUCUACCACCUGCCCCAGGAGUUCAGCGACUCUGAGAUGCUGCAGAUGUUCCUGCCCUUUGGCAAUGUCAUCUCAGCUAAGGUGUUUGUGGACCGAGCCACCAACCAGAGCAAAUGCUUCGGAUUUGUGAGUUUUGAUAACCCAGCUAGUGCUCAGGCCGCCAUCCAAGCCAUGAAUGGUUUCCAGAUUGGCAUGAAGAGACUGAAAGUGCAGCUCAAAAGGCCCAAAGAUGCCAACCGCCCAUAUUGAGUGACAACUGAGAGGAGGAAGAAGAAUUAAUGAGAGAUCCUUCCGUCCAAUCAUAAUUCUCGAGGACCCCAUCGCUAUGGCAAUGGUUGCCUAGUGAACAAUAAAGCCCUGACCCCCCCUUCCUCUCGCAUUGUUGUAAGUUGAUUGGUUGGCCUGUGUUUGGGUUGCUGUGGCGAUUGAUUGCCUGUGUUGGUUGCCCUUGGCAAUUUUUGUUCUGUCACCUCGAGCAACCAGCCAUGCGUUGACCUGCAUGUCCUGUUGCUGUAGUGACCACAGACUGUGUUUGGUGCAUUGUGAAUUUAUUUUGUAUUGACCUGUGCACAUACUGAUCAAUAACUGUCAAUAGCCAGGACUGUACUCAGAAUCAAUUGAUUUAAUUGGAUAUUUGAUACACUUAAUCAUUGUAUAGUAAUCUGAUCAAUUCUGCAGCAACGCUUAUUAUUUUUUGCAGAUUUGUUUUUGAUCAGUUUCUGUAGUGUUCUGUUUGGUGUCAUUAUUAUUUGAUCAAAUUGUUUGGGUAGUGAGCGUGGGCAUCUAUGUGUACAUAUGUGUCCGUGUUACACUGUUUGUGUGUAAUGCAGGAGUGCAUAAUCCUUGUUGAACUGGUGAGAGGUUUGCCAGAGGUUAACACAGUGGACUAGUGGAGAAAUGUAGAACAGCACUACAGUUUACAGCAAAAAAAAUGGUAGUAUAAUUAUUUGCAACAUAUAAUGAUGAUAGUAUGCCAUGUUGGACACUCGGCCAUGAAAUUAUUAUGCAUUAGAGUUCAGAGAAGUUCAAAUAUGGCUAUGAAGUGGCACAUUCAGGUUAGAAUAGAAAAUACCAUAAAUCUGAGUUUUAUGACUUAAGCACAAUAUUUUUGGAGCAAGCAUGCAUUUGUUGAGCUAUACUCUGAAAGGCUGAGUUUUAUAUUCCUGGAUUCUGAUUUGUUACACUGUUUGAUGUGGCACUUUAGUUUUUUGCUCCUUUUUUCUCUUUUUGGUCUCUUGUACAUCUCCUAUCACUGCUUUUGUGGUGUUUUCCCUUCACUACACCCCUCUUCCUCCUCCGGUCCCCUUUCUUCCCUCUUCUUAUUUCCUUAUUUCUCUGUCAAAUUCUUUCUUCACCUCUCUCCUUCCCAACCUCCUCUUUCUAGCUCGUGUUUUGAGGUAAAGGGUAUGUGAUUAUGGUGGAAAAACAAGUGCCUCUUGCUUAUUAGAGAACAGCCUUCAACUAUAGGAAUUCUGGGAGAAAUGUAACAAAGAGAGAAUCAAGGAUAUCUUUGGUUUGAGGUCAAUUAAAUCCUCCACAAACCCCCAACCUUUACCAAAGAGUCGAACAUGUGUAGCUGCUGUCUACCCAGUGUUUGGAUGCACUGUCACACGGCAGCACACAUUUUAAAUAAAGGAUUCUGUUUCUAUUUCUAGACAAACCUUUACAUAACAAAUCCUUGUGAAUACCUACCACUGUGCACCUUCAACAUUAAAAUGAUCACCCAGAAUUUCUAUAUUGCAAAUGCCAGAGAAUAAUGCAUGUUGGUAGUAGUGUUUGCUUGCCGUGAUCCAAGGCACUAUAGUGCAACACAUGCUCAUUAUAAGGUCACACACAUAGACACAUAUUGCGCUUCACAAUAGCACCCACACAUUCCUACCUGCAGACACACACCUUCAAUCACACACAAACACAAAUAACGGUUAUCCACUGUAUUGAAUUGCAUGAUCCAGACACUGUGUGUGUAUGUGUUAAAGCACCAUGAUUUAUUUAUUGCUGUUGAAAGACAGAGCUUUGUGAAUGAUGCCUUCUUGAUUUAACUCACCGACGUGUAACAGAGAUGAGCUAGGAGCACCCGAAAAGGUGCAGUUUGCUGCCAGAAGUCAUGCCUAAAAGAGCUUUGUUUGACGAGAGGAGCAUGUUUGACAAGAUGUAAAGAUCAGACAGAAACAUGGGAGCUUCAGUGUGUUUAUAACUGCUCUCUAACAUAUCCUCCCCCUUCUCUGUCCCUCCCUCCUUGUUUAUGUAUCACUCCCUCUACCCCACCACUUUCCGUCCCUCUCACAGGUGACCUUUCAGAGUCCAGCCGAGGUGGAAUCCCAGGGUUCAUAGUGCUUUCAGACUGUCUGCUACCUUUGAGCGUCCGGGGAGUGCAGCCACACACACUGACACACACUCACACGACUACACAUGCGCUAUUAACUCUGAACCUCGAACGGUGGAAGGCUCAUUUACAAAUGUACAUAAAGUGCACAAACACACACACACACACACACACACACACACACACACACACACACACACACACACAUAUACACACGCCUGCAGACACUCAGACAAACACACAUGGUUCACACGAGUCAGUAAUUUCACCCAUACAGCCAAGAGCUUGGUUUGACCACGCGUGGUCUGUGUGGAGUUUGCCAACAGGGUGUUAAGUACAGAAAGGCAACUCAGACCGAGCACGUAUGGAAGUGUACUGAUAAAAAAAAUGCUGAUAUAUCACUACAAUAGACUUUAACAUGUCUAUACCAUGUCUAAUCCAUGACAAAUAUAGAGGGGCUGAUGUUUCUUAAUAAAAAAAAAAGAAAGAAAAUAAAAAAAGACAACUAAAUGAGUAGGUUAGAGAGACUUUGGAGAAAAUCCUAAUGACCUGUAAAUAAUUUAGUUUACAAAGAGCUGCAUUUAAAAAAAACAAGGAAAAAUGCAAAAAGAAUACUACUUUAGAUAAACACUGAACAGGACACAGCGACAUUAUUAUUUAUUAUUAUUGUUAUUAUUACCAUUAUUAUUACCACUAGUAACAUCAUCAUCCUCAUAAAGGGAUAUUACAUUCCAAAUUGUAAAAUGGGAAAUCACUAACCUAUUUUAAAUUUAUACUUAGAUUUUAGGUGAAAAUUCGGGGGAGGGGGGAUCGCACUUUUAUUCCGGAGGUUUUAAUAUUUGAGCUAUUUUUUAUUUAUUUACUAAUUUAUCAAUUAUUUUGUUUAUUGGGAGAUGGGGUUUGAAUGGGUUGCAAUAUUUUGAUUUUAGAAUUUUCUAGAGAAAACCUUUUGAGGGCCUGUUUCUGUCAGACUCUUGCAAUCGAGUAAUUAUAAUGUAUGUAUUAAUUAUUACAGCAAUUAUAUUUAUUUCUUAUUUAUUGAAUCCUGUUUUUGAUCCACUCUCUUUUUAAGUUAAAAUAAAAAAGUAUCAUACAAAAUGA